AUGGCGGAAAGAAGAGAGCAAGAGAAGCCGCUCGCCCCGGCCAUCCCCGCCAACUCCAAGCUCAGCCCUUUUCCACCGGAGUUCAUAUCACACCGCCGCCACCGGUGCCUCAAGUGUUGCGGCUGCUCCGCCGCGCUUCUCCUAAUCCUAGCUGUCACAACACUCAUACGCAAGUUCACAAUCUUCCACGUGAAGCAUCCGUCGCUCGAGAUCAUCUCGGUCAAAAUCGACGGCCUCAAUUCGCUAUCCAACAACAACAACCCGACGCUGGUGGCCGGCGUCUUGAUCAAGAACUCCAAUGCGGCGUCGUUCAAGUUCCACGAGGCGGCCACGAAGGUGUACUGCGACGAUGCGCUCGUGCGAGAGGCCUCAAAGCGUGGGAGGUCACAAACCAAUGAUGAAGAAGAACAGACAGCUAGAAAGAAACAGGCUAAAGGAAAAAGGAAAAUUAUUUCUAAUGAACAGUUUAAAAUCAGAGACCUAAACUAG